AUGGAAGUUCAGGGAGAGCAGGAUGAACUCUACCCUAUUGCUGUGUUGAUUGACGAGCUGAAGCACGACGAUGUACUUCUACGACUAAACGCGAUCCACCGGUUGUCCACCAUCGCGCUGGCGCUUGGUCCAGAACGGACAAGAGAUGAAUUGGUACCCUUUCUAGACGAUUCCGUUGAGGACGAAGAUGAGGUCCUGACCGCUCUGGCUGAAGAGCUCGGCAACUUUGUCGAGUAUGUGGGCGGGCCGGAAUACGGACAUGUGCUGCUUGCUCCGCUGGAGAAUCUGGCUGCGAUUGAAGAGCCGCUCGUCAGAGACAAGGCUGUAGACUCUCUGAACAAGAUCUGUGACGAGCUCUCCGACGCGCAAGUCGAGGAGUCCUUCAUCCCCCUUACGAUCCGCCUCUCCAAAGCCGACUGGUUCACCUCGAAGAUCUCCGCCACCGGCCUUUAUGUUGCUCCAUAUCGGAAAGCUUCCUCCCAGUCCCAGCAAGGCCUCCGACAACAGUUCGGCCAUCUGGUGCAUGACGAGACACCAAUGGUACGGAGACAGUCUGCCAAUAAUCUGGCCAAGUUCGUGAAAGAGGUCCCCAUACAGAUCGUCAUUGAUGAGAUGAUUCCACUUUUCCAGCAUCUUGCGGGAGAUGACCAGGACAGCGUGCGCCUGCUAACCGUCGAGGUUCUGAUUUCCAUUUGUGAAGUCAUUCCCAAGGAGCAGCAGUCGAGCCACGGCGUUCUCUUGACAGCAUUACGGAGCCUCUUCGAAGAUAAGAGCUGGAGAGUCCGAUACAUGGUAGCAGAGAAGUUUGAGAAGAUUGCCAAAGCCGUCAACGAGGAGGUGGUCACGAGGGAUUUGGUGCCGGCCUUUGUCAAGCUGCUUAAGGACAGUGAGGCCGAGGUCCGGACUGCAAUCGCCAGCCAGAUCCCUGGCUUCUGCAGUCUGCUCGACCGUGAAACACUGCUCAACGAGAUCAUGACCAGCAUCGAAGAUCUAGUCUCAGACCCUUCCCAGCAUGUGCGGGCCGCGCUAGGCACUCAGCUUUCCGGACUCGCCCCUAUACUUGGCAAGGACGAAACAAUUGGUCACCUACUGCCAAUGUUCCUGCAGAUGUUGAAGGACGAAUUUCCGGAUGUACGACUGCACAUCAUUUCCAAGCUGGAGCUGGUUAAUGAUGUUAUCGGCAUCGACCUGCUCUCGCAAUCGCUGCUCCCCGCCAUUGUCCAGCUCGCCGAGGACAAGCAAUGGCGAGUGCGUCUCGCUAUCAUCGAGUACAUUCCACUCCUUGCCAAACAGCUCGGCGUGAAAUUUUUCGAUGACCAGCUCAGUUCUUUGUGCAUGGGCUGGCUCGGCGACACUGUCUUCUCUAUUCGCGAAGCCGCAACCACGAAUCUGAAGAAGCUUACCGAGGUGUUUGGCGUUGAGUGGUCGAGCGAGUCCAUCAUCCCGAAGGUUGCCCAGAUGGGUCAACAAGCGAACUACCUCUACCGCAUGACAACUUGCUUUGCGAUUUCGACACUUGCCCCAGUCGUCACUCUUGACAUUAUCAGAGAACACCUCCUGCCCAUCAUGGACCGUCUCGUCGCUGACCCAAUCCCCAAUAUUCGGUUCAACGUUGCCAAGUCAUAUGCAGUUCUAGUCGAUACCCUGCGCCGCCUACCCGCAGAAGGCACCCUUGCUGAAGCUGCCGAGAACCCAAAUUCUGCUCCCAGCUCCAAGGGCCAAGAUCUCAUUAGCACACAGAUCUUGCCUCACCUGGAAAAGCUUCAACAAGAUGAUGACGCAGAUGUGAGGUACUUCGCCACGACUGCCGCUGGAGGCAAACCCGGAGCACAGGAAUCAAGUGAGCAGAUGGAUACGGAGCAGUAG